UCAUGGCCCCCGUCCCCCGCGUUUACUCCAAGACCUACAAGGUCCCCCGUCGUCCUUUCGAGUCGGCCCGUCUUGACUCGGAACUGAAGAUUGUCGGCGAGUACGGCCUGCGCAACAAGCGUGAGGUGUGGCGUGUCCAGCUCACCCUGUCCAAGAUUCGUCGUGCUGCUCGUGAGCUUCUCACCCUCGACGAGAAGGACCCCAAGCGUCUUUUCGAAGGUAACGCUUUGAUUCGCCGUCUGGUCCGCAUCGGUGUCCUCGAUGAGUCUCGCAUGAAGCUCGAUUACGUCCUGGCCCUCCGCGUUGAGGACUUCUUGGAGCGUCGUCUUCAGACUUGCGUCUACAAGCUCGGUCUUGCCAAGUCCAUCCACCACGCCCGUGUCCUGAUCAAGCAGCGUCACAUCCGUGUCGGCAAGCAGAUCGUCAACGUCCCCUCCUACAUGGUCCGCCUGGACUCCCAGAAGCACAUCGACUUCGCCCUUACCUCCCCCUACGGUGGUGGCCGCCCUGGCCGUGUCCAGCGCAAGAAGGCUGCCGCUGCUGCCGGUGGUGGUGACGACGAGGCUGAGGAGGACGAGGAGUAAAGGAUUAAAAAUUGGAGUACGGACGGGUUUCGUUAGCCAAAAUAAAAUCACGGGGCUCCGUUAUGGCUGCAGCAUAGCGUAUAACGUUGUACGAUCAUGCGAUUCCAUUAAUGAACUAGUAGCCUACGGCUCGAUUCCCAUACCAUUUGGUUCCCUAGUCGUAGU